GAAUUGACACUUGAGUCUGCCUACGCACUUGCUUCCUGUUAUGGGGCGAUAUUAUGUCUAAAGGUCCUACUUUGUUUCCAACAUAGCGUAACGGAGGACUGAACAAGAGUUUGACGUUUUAAGUGAGGUCUCCGUUCUAUCCGUGCGUCUUUUCUACAUGCUUCCCGCGCCAAUAUGUCACUGAGCUCGGUCGGAUGGACCGCCAGCCUCUCGGCAGAGCGGCGCCUGCCUCCGCCUGUCCGGAAUAUUGGAGCUCGGCAGCAGUCAGAACCCAACUAUCAAACUGUCCUCAUGUCGGUUCGGGUGUCGUUGUGCCAUUCCGGUAUUCGGCCUCUACGUCUUCCGGGAGCAGGUGGUAGUGAGUCGCUUCGCCUACAGCUCAGUAUGGACGCGGGAAAUUCAGGGGAUUUCUGCCUGUUCUUUCAGGACUGCAGCAGUCCGGACGCUGGCAGUGUGACUAUCGCCCAGUACAAUCUGAGGUCCGUUAAAUACGUGGUGAAAACACCAACAUGCCACGAGCUGAGUCUGGCAGCACCCCCACAUGACCGCAUCAAUUUCAACUUCAGUUGCGAGCAGGAGGCCCAGCAGUGGGCCACUGUGAUGAUGACAUCACUAAGAGAAGCACACAAAGCAUCUCCUGCUGAAGAUAUUUCAGAGGGCUCCCAGCUCCAGGAUGCUUCAGCUUUGCAACACUUGGAAGACACGUGCAUGGAGCUGACCCGAGCUAUCGAGGCCGGCGACAUGAACGCGGCCUCCGUCUUUGCUGCCACGCUUUGUCACCAACAAGCCGCUCUAAACAUCCAGCCCUCUGCACGAGAAUGUGGAGACACCGACAUCAGAUUGGCUGUUAUAGUUGAAGAUUCUUCUUCGUCGUGUUGCGUCACCAUGAAAGUUUGUCCUUCUAUGACCACUGCAGCCUUAAAACAACAGAUGUUCCUAGAGUACGGCUUUCACCCGCGGGUGCAGCGCUGGGUGAUCGGCCAGUGCCUGUGCGCCAACCAUCGCUCCCUGGCUUCGUAUGGCGUUCGCCAGGACGGUGACACGGCAUUCGUGUACAUCGUCACAGCCCGACACGCUCGCCUGACCCUCCAAGACCAGGAAAGUGCUCUCCUCGCCAGCUCUCCUCAUUCUUUGACUUCCCUCCCUCACGCUGCUCCAAACAGCACGUCGGCACAAGAAAAGAGACCUUACAACACUUUGCCCACACAUAACCACAGUAUUGAAUCCCAGAAAGAAAUCCCCAGUGAGGUCAAACAUGUCUCCAAUGAGGAGUUUUGUCAACUAUAUGAAGCACUGAAACGAAAGUCAACCUCUUCUCAGGGUUGGUCGUGCCCUUCUUGCACUUUUAUCAACAAACCGACGCGGCCAGGCUGCGAGAUAUGCAGUGCGGACCGCCCUGAUAAUUACGUCGUUCCAGGCGGUUACCAGCCGGACGCAGUGGAACUCCGAAGGCUCCAGCAGGAAAAGGAGGCCAUUCGACAGUACAAGCAAGUAAGAGAAGAAGAGCGCAGGGAUAAUUUUGCCCAGCUGCUAAGGAUGGACAACCAGGAUUUGGUGCCAAAUCCCGAGCCUUUGGACUGCAGGAUUUGCUAUGUGGAGCUAAAGCCAGGAGAGGGCGCCGUACUCAGGGACUGUCUCCACUGCUUUUGCAAGGAAUGUUUGCGCUCAGUCAUCAUGUUGAGCGAGGAGCCAGAAGUGCCCUGUCCCUACAGAGAUGACACAUAUGCCUGUGAAUGCUCACUGCAAGAGAGGGAGAUCAGAGCUUUGGUUUCACUAGAAGAGUAUCAGCGCUGGCUGCAAAGAAGUUUGUCUGUGGCCGAGUCGCGAUGUGAGGGCAGCUACCACUGUGCCACCGCAGACUGCCCUGGCUGGUGCGAGUACGAGGACACGGUCAACGUAUACCAAUGUCCUGUCUGCAAGAAGAAAAACUGCCUCAUUUGCAAGGCUAUUCAUGAGGGGAUGAACUGCAAGCAAUACCAAGAUGAUCUCGCAGCCCGUGCUGUCAAUGACUCGGCUGCACGAAGGACAACACAACUACUUCAGACCCUGGUUGCGUCUGGGGAGGCAAUGCACUGUCCCCAGUGUGGCAUCAUUGUGCAAAAGAGGGACGGGUGUGAUUGGCUGCGCUGUACUGUUUGUCACACGGAAAUCUGCUGGGUCACCAGAGGUCCCCGCUGGGGGCCAAAGGGUCCUGGAGACACUAGUGGAGGAUGCCGCUGCAAUGUGGACCAUCAGAAAUGUCAUCAAAAGUGUCAAAACUGUCACUAGAGACUCUUGGAUGGCCUUGGGACAAUGACAUGAUUAAAAAGCAUACAAAGAACAAUAGCCAAAAACGGAGGUAAAUGCAUACAGUACAUUACAUUAUCCUUCCUUUUGACACAAUCAUAAUUAUUUUGGUCGCAUGCGGUGCCUUGGAAAUUAUUCCCUAUGCAAAUGUAGCCCAUGUAGAUAUUUAACUUGUUAUACCAGGAUGCAAUACUUUAAACCACAGUGGCCUUUUUCACGAAAACUGAACUUAAUGUCCUUUUUUGCAUAGAUAAAGACUUGAUUGUCGUACAUAUUUUUGUAUGACUUUUGAAUGGAAACUGGUGAACUAUUAUUUGCAUUUGAGAUAAAGGUAGUGUUACAGUAUACUUUUCUCUUGUGCACUCACUGUACACAUAAUGUUAACCCCUUCCACAUCAUAUUUAUAUUGUCAUUUUAAAUGGAUCUUUUAUUCAUGUAUCCACUGAUAACAUUUUUAAUGCAUGGUGUGAACUGUAAUAAUGUAAACAUUAGGUACUGUCAAGAAAUGCACUCUGGGUAAAGUUUGAAUCUUUUUCCCUUAAAGAUAUAACUGAUAAGCCAUGACAAAAUGCUGUCUUAAUUUAUAUUGAAAUUGCAUCAAUGUGAAGUGUGCUGAUGUGCCUUAAUGCUCAUUAAAUUACCUUUAAACUGG